AUGACGGACCAAGGUAACGCGGGAGAUCCUUACUUUUUAGUGGAGUUACUUGCUAAAAGCCUUGAAUACAUCAUCCCUAAGCUAGAAAAGGUGUGGGGAGUUGGAACCCUUCCAGAAUUGGGGAUAGUUUGUGGCUCUGGCUUAUCUACGAUGGCGGAUGCCCUGGAUGCUGUUAGUCUAGAAAUUCCAUUUGGAAAUAUUCCCAAUUUCCCAUUGAGCUCCGUUGCUGGACAUGCAGGGCUACUGAUAUUUGGAAAAAUCGAGGGAUUGCAUGUUGUGUUGCUUAGUGGCCGUGUUCACUACUAUGAAGGGUAUACACCCCAGCAAGCCUCAUACCCCAUCUUUCUUUUAUCUGGAUUAGGUGUAUCCUCAAUUGUGCUUUCAAAUGCAGCUGGUGGACUCUCCAUUAACUACAAAGUUGGUAACAUAGUGGUGAUUACUGAUCAUCUUUAUCUAGCCGGCAUUAGUGGAAUGAGUCCAUUAGUUGGGCCUCAUAUUGCCAUUCCCAAGAUUCUUUCUUCUCUCCGCAAUCUGUCUCAUUAUACAGCUCUCAAAUCUAGAAUUAAUGGCAGAAAUUCUGAAAGAUUUACUGCCCUCAAUGGAAUCUACUCUGCGCAUUUACGUAGACUUUUUGGCCAGGCAAUCGUCGAUACUGGUGCAUUUGAGGCCGGACAAAUUCAUUGUGGCGUUUAUGCUUAUACUGCUGGUCCUCAAUAUGAGUCACCUGCAGAAACCGUAGCCCUAAGGAAUAUGGGAGCAGACGCUGUAGGAAUGUCUACCAUUCCUGAGGUGUUGGUUGCUGCCCAAUAUGGCAUU